AUGUGGUUCAAAUUUGCCACCGUUUUUCAAAUAGUUUUUAUAUGCAGUAAUGCAGAAAAUUUUUGCCAAAAAAAUUCUGAACAAUGCGGAGACGAACCAGAUAGGUUUUUACUUUAUGAUGUAAAUCGACCGGAAGGAUUCAACUUGCGUAGAGAUGUCUACAUGCGUUUUGCAGUUCUUGCACACAAUAUGCAGCAGUCAGCAAAUAUCUUCCUGAAUAAGUUCAAACUGGUUCUACCACCAUGGUCAUAUUUAGUACACUGGGAUAAUAGUGGGGAACCCGAAUACAUACCAUGGGGACUGUAUUUUGAUUUAAGAAGUUUACAGAUGUUUGCACCAGUUAUAGAAAUGCAUGAAUUUUUCAAUAAAUAUCCAAGAAAAUACUCCAAAUUAAAAAUAGAUGAAGUUUACACUCUUCAGCAUUUUGAAAACAUGUUUGAAACUGGAAACUUUGAGGAUAGAAUGAAAAUUGAGAAAUGCUUGAAUAAACCUGAUCUGACUUUCUUCUUCUAUGAUAAUAUUACUGCUAAACAUGCCCAGUGCUUAUCAUACCAUGGUCCUGCUACUAAGUUGACUGAACUGUUUCUCAACAAUACAGCCAAGACAAUUUUAAUAGACCAUGCUGAAGUAGCUCUCCAUGAUUUCUUUGGCAAUAACAUUUAUUGGCAAGCUAGAAGAAGUAUGAGAUUCAGCAAAGAUCUGAAAAAAAUUGCUGGGAAUUUUCGUCAAACUCAUUUAAAUUCUCAUGAUGACAGUGAUGGCACAUCUUUGCCUGAAAAUUGGACAGAUGAGCAACCUAGAAGAAAUGCCCUGGGUGGUCCUUAUGUAGGAAUACACCUGAGGAGGAGGGACUUCAUCAGAAAUCGCCCAAAUGAAUCUCCUUCUAUAAAAGAUAUAUCUCAACAACUACUUAAGGAGUUGGAAAAAACUAAGCUGGAUACAGUAUUCCUAGCAUCUGAUGGAUCUCAGAGUGAAUUUGAGGAACUGUCUCUCUUACUAUCUAACUAUAAAAUAAUCAGAUACAAUCCACCUGUUGCUGUGAUAAAAAAAUAUGGGGAUGGUGGUAUAGCAAUAAUAGAUCAAAUUAUAUGCUCUCAUGCCAGAUUUUUCAUUGGAACUCAUGAAAGUACUUUUUCAUUUCGCAUUCAAGAAGAAAGAGAAAUAUUGGGAUUUCCUGUUGAAACAACAUUUAAUGCUUUCUGUAAAAAUAAAAGCAAUUGUAGCAAGCCUUCAAUUUGGAAAAUUGUGUACUAG